CCGCCUCCCGCCGUUCCUCGCGGCGGGGGUCACAUGACCGGGGCGGGCGGAAGAUGGCGGAGCCGCCGGGCAGCGCGGCCGAGGACGCGUGGGGGAAGCAGGUGGACACAGCCUACAGCGACAAUGGCCUGGACUCGGCGCUCUUCAUGGAGAGCACCAGGAAAAGCAGCAUAGUGUCGCGAGCCAACAGCAUCGGCUCCACCAGCGCCUCCUCGGUCCCCAACACGGAUGAUGAGGACAGUGAUUAUCACCAGGAGCCCUACAAGGAGUCGUACAAGGACCGGCGCAGGCGGGCACACACGCAGGCAGAGCAGAAGAGGCGGGAUGCCAUCAAGAAAGGCUACGAUGACCUGCAGGCCAUUGUUCCCACCUGUGAGCAGCAGGAUUUCUCCAUAGGCUCCCAGAAGCUGAGCAAGGCCAUUGUCCUCCAAAAAACCAUUGACUACAUCCAAUUCCUGCACAAGGAAAAGAAGAAGCAAGAGGAGGAAGUUUCCACCCUCAGGAAAGAUGUGAUGGCCUUGAAGAUCAUGAAAGUGAACUAUGAGCAGAUUGUGAAGGCUCAUCAGGACAACCCAAACGAGGGGAAGGACCAGGUGUCUGACGAGGUGAAGUUCAACGUGUUCCAGGGCAUCAUGGAUUCCCUCUUCCAGUCCUUCAACGCCUCCAUCUCGGUAACGAGCUUUCAGGAGCUCUCAGCUUGUGUCUUCAGCUGGAUUGAGGAGCACUGCAAGCCUCAGACGCUGCGGGACAUCGUGAUCGGGGUCCUGCAUCAGCUGAAGAGCCAGCUCUACUGACUGUGGGGUGCCUCCUGCCAGGAAGGGCUGAGCCAUCUCCCCUGAGGCUGGUCUUUGAAGCUUCUCUGAAUUAUUUAUUGCAUUUAACUACAAAACCAAAAGGAGGCUGUGCAGAAGUCCCCUCUCUGCCACAGCCAACGUCACCAAAUAGUUGUAGGGACUCCUCAAAGGGUGAGGAGGGGGAGGUGAAGGUGCAGAUUGAAUCGAGACCUUUUAAGGUGCCAGGGAGUCUUUAGCUCACACAGGCAGCUGCUUGCCUGGGCUGUGGACUCUCUGCUGCAAAGCAGAUCUACUGUAACCUCAGGCCUCUGACCUGCCCCCUUCUGAUCCCCAAGGAGGGGGAGUGAAACGAGGAUGGAUGCUAAAAGCAGUUGCUUUCUGUUGAAAAUGUCUAGGAAUAGGCUUCUCCCCCAGCUGUGGGUUUUCUCACACCUUCCUCAGAAGCAGCUCUUCCAGGGACUUUCAGUAGUGCAGAUGCUUUGGGGAAGGUGGCAGGAGGACAAGAUCAGCACUGCCAGGGAGACUCAGCACAGCUGUGCCCUCCCUGGACUUGCCAAAACCUCUCUUGCUGGAGCUGUAGUUCCCCUGGCGAGGAAAGGGGAGAGAGCUUCCUGUGCAGGCUUUUCCUGAGCAAGAGCUGAGCUAUGUCUGGCUUCAUCCAUGUUUGGUUUCCCAGGUGUAUCUAUUGCACAGCACUGCCACAAGCACUCACUGCUCCUCCUUGGAGCUUCUCUGUCCACCCAGCCUGGGUUGGGUUUGAUUGUUGGGGAUUACUAUCGAUCACUGACAUCAUCCUGAAGUGUUUUUGGCAUCAGCUUUGCAGAAAGAUGCCCCCCCCAGCACACUUCUCCACCCCUCAGGGUGCUGCUGCUGGUGGUGUGGGUGAUGUCUGGGAGGGGGCAGAGCUGAGGCUCCUCCUGCAUGGCAGCACCAGCAGCAGGGUUUGUCCUCUGUCAUCACCUUCCUGCUGCCACCCCAGGGCCCUGGAUAGUGAUUUCACAGCCUUUUUCUGUCUCUGAGGUAGCUCCAUGUUACAUGGUUUGAAUGCUGCAGUGUGAGAAUGAUGAAGCUCUUGCUUCUGCCCCCAAAUCCCGCAGCACAAAACCCAAGUGUGAGGGGGGAAGUUGAAUUUAUUCUUCUUCAGGCCCAGGUCUGGGUGCUCUUCCCCAUGCAGUGGAAGCCCCAGGCAUGCACAGCACCAGUAAAGCACACACAGGGGCAGCUGUGUCUCGCCUGGAAGGUGUUUCUUUGUGAUAGAAAAGGCAAACCCUCCUUCAUGGCUGAGCAGGUUUGGGCUCUGCAGCUGAUCAGAGGCACAGAGAACCCUUGGGGAUGCUCUGCCAGAAGCAGCCUCUUGCCUUGGGAGGAGUUUUACAGACCUCACAUGUGAAAGCAACGUAUUUUUCUAUUGUGAAAAGUGAUUAAAUCAAUUUUGCCAAGUGCUUUAAUGA